AUGUCAGCGCCAGACGUAGGUGGCACAUUUGUGCACCAGCAGUGGUCAACUAAGAGAGUGAUCCUCAGCAGGUCUGCUUGGAAGCGAGCCCCGUUUUAUUCAGUGGGGGCUACCUCCCGGGAAAGUAUUGUUCUGAUUAUAGCCUUAGUGGUGGGCAUGCACAGAAAGUGUUUGCGGCUGAAUCCCGAUGUCCCCAUCUGGGUCUCCAAGCAACGGAUCCUCUGCACCCUGAACCACAGCCUGAAGGACGUGCUGAAUUAUGGCCUCUUCCAGCCGGCCUUCAACGGCAGGGCGGGGAAAUUUCUGGACGAGGAGCGGCUGCUGAGGGAAUACCCCCUGAACCCGGACACGCCAGUCUCUUACCUGGAGUUCCGGUACAAGAGGCGAGUGUACACCCAGAGCCUGCUGGACGACAAGCAGUUUGCCAAGCUACACACCAAGGCGAAUCUGAAGAAGUUUAUGGAGUAUGUGCAGACGCUGAAUGUCGAGAAGGUCAGCAGGCUGCUGGAGAAGGGACUGGACCCCAACUUCCAUGACCCGGACACUGGAGAAUGCCCCCUGACGCUGGCUGCACAGCUGGACUACAGCGCCGACGUGAUUAAAGCCUUGAGGAAUGGGGGGGCCCACCUGGACUUCCGGACCCGGGAGGGGAUGACGGCGCUACACAAGGCGGUCCGGUGCCGGAACCACACUGCCCUGAUGACGCUGCUAGACCUGGGGGCCUCUGCCGAUUACAAGGACAGCCGCGGAUUAACGCCUCUGUACCACAGUGCCAUGGUGGGAGGAGACCCCUACUGCUGCGAGCUGCUCCUGCACGACUACGCCAAGGUGGGCUGCGUGGAUGAGAACGGCUGGCAGGAGGUCCACCAGGCUUGUCGCUAUGGGCACGUGCAGCACUUGGAGCACCUCCUCUUCUACGGGGCUGACAUGACUUCCCAGAAUGCCUCGGGGAACACGGCCCUCCACGUCUGCGCCCUCUACAACCAGGAGAGCUGCGCUCGGGUGCUUCUGUUCCGUGGGGCCAGCAAGGACAUCCGGAACUACAACAGCCAGACGGCAUUCCAGGUGGCUAUCAUUGCCGGGAAUUUCGAACUGGCCGAAAUCAUCAAAACUCACAAAGAGUCCGAUGUUGUGCCUUUUAGAGAGACUCCCAGCUACACGAAGAGGAGACGGCUCAUCGGGGUGGGCGGCCUCUCCUCCCCCCGCCUGCUGCAGCGGUCCGCGAGCGACAACAACUUGAAGGCCGAGAGCCGCCCGUCCUACUCUCCGGUGCCCUCGCUCCGCAGCCUGCCCCAACAGCUGCUGGCUCAGAUGCAGGAAGUGGCUGUCGGGGCGGGGGUGGGGGACAGUAGCCUAGUGAGCACGAGCAGCUCCCGGAGCGCCCACAGCCGCUCCCCGUCGCUGCAGCGCGUGCAGGAAGAGAAGGAGGCCGACGCCCACACCCUCAGGAGGAUCAGCCGCAGCAAGGCCAGGCACGCUGAGAAUGGGAGCAGCUUGGCAGAGAGGCUGUGCUGUUUCUUCAGCAGCAGCUGCCCUCCUUCUGCCGUGCCCCCCAAAUCGGCAGACAUGCAUGUGACCCUCGUUUGCCAGAGCACCACAGUGUUGCUGGAACUCAUGGCCCGCCAUCUCUGGGCACCGGCUCCCCAGAGAAAGGCCUUCUCCAGUGCCGGCUGCUACCAGAGAUCCUUCUUAAGCAAGAGCCACACAAUAAAGGUGUGGAGCGUGGAAGCAGUCGGGGCCGUGCGAGUGGAGAGGCCUGCUGUUGCGCUACAUUUCUCGGAUCGCGUCGAUGGAAGUUUGGCUUCUGCGGAGUUGGGAAAGCGGGGGCCAGGGGAUGCGGAGGAGCGCCGGGAUGUCUCCACGCCUCGCCCGCCUGCAUCUGGGUCGUCGUGGGCGUGCAGCGGCAGGGAGGGGGUGGGGGUGGGGGCGGAGACGGUGCCCGGUGCUGCUGUGCCUCCGGAGGCCGAGGAGGGAUGGGCGGAAGGCAGCCCGCCUCCUCCACUGUGGCCUCCGCAUGCUCUUGGGCCUGAGCGGGCCAAGCCAGAGAGUGGCUUGGCCGCUGCUUGCACUUGGUGCUACACAUGCCCGCCAGCCCAGGAGCGGACGUUGGCCCUGCCUGCUCGAGGGAGUAGGGAGAAGGACCGGAUCUUCUCUUGCCAAUGGUGUAUAUCCCAACUGCACAUGUUGUUUGUGGGUGGAUUCCUGUACCUGGCAGAAAAAGAGGAGGGCCGGAGCGGUUGGUUCUUGCAGCACCACUUCGGCAGAUGGGCCUGGGGCCUGUGCCCUCGGUCUUUGGACGAAGCCUGCCCCCAAGGCCGGAGGCUUCUGGGCCUUUGGGAGGUGGUGUUGACAGACGACAGGGUCCCAGUGCUCAGUAUCGGAGAAGGAGGCUUUUGGGAAGGGUCCGUGAAAGGGCGGACUGGCUGGUUCCCUGCGGAAUGUGUCGAGGAAGUGCAGAUGCGGCAGUAUGACCCCCGGCAAGAAACCCGAGAAGACCGGACGAAGCGCCUCUUCCGACACUACACUGUGGGCUCCUAUGACAACUUCACCUCUCACAGGUCAGUGCCCUGCCUCUCGCCGUUACCCUGUGGCCUGUUGCGAUGCCACCGUGUGGAAGAAUUUUGGUUUUGGGUCGACAACGCCAAGGUGCCUUUCAAAAAGUGGGCUCCGUGCAACACCAAGAUGACACACAGUGAUGACCAUCAACUGUGCCUCUUGUGCCUUGCGGAGACUCCGAUUGAGGAGUUCACCCCAACACCUGCUUUCCCGGCGCUCCAGUACCUGGAAUCCGUGGACGUGGAGGGUGUGGCCUGGCGCGCAGGACUUCGCACAGGAGACUUCCUGAUUGAGGUGAACGGUAUCAAUGUGGUGAAAGUGGGUCACAAGCAAGUGGUGUCGCUUAUCCGCCAAGGGGGGAACCACCUGGUGAUGAAAGUGGUCUCUGUCAGCCGCAAGCCAGAGUCGGAGGACCUCAGUCGGAAGAAAGCCCCGCCGCCGCCCAUGAGAGCCCCCAGCACCACACUGACCCUGCGCUCCAAGUCCAUGACCGCUGAGCUGGAAGAGCUGGAGAAGCUGGACGAGAUUUUGGCAGCAGCUGAACCCUCACUGAGAGCGGACAUUGUGGAGGCGGAUUCCAGGGCAGCCACGGUGAAGCAGCGGCCGACCAGCCGGCGCAUCACUCCCGCGGAGAUCAGUUCACUGUUUGAGCGGCAAGGCAUGGCAGCGCACGCUGGGCCAGAUAAACCCCACAUUUCGCUACGCAAAGGAAUUCCACGGACAAAAUCUGUAGGUGAAGAUGAGAAAUUUGCUGCCUCCCUAAUGGAUGGGAAAUUUCCCAGAAGCACCUCAAUGCAAGAUACUGUCAGAGAAGGGCCCGGCAUCCCACCCCCACCUCAGACCGCUCCGCCCCCUCCGCCUUCCCCCUAUUAUUUUGACACGGGCGCACCCCCAUCCUUCCUCCCCCCUCCGCCCCCGGGGAGAGUCUACGACACCAUCCGGUCCAGCUUCAAGCCGGGCUUGGAGGCCAAGCUCCACGGGUUGCCCCAGGUCAUCAGCGCCGCGGAGAUGUACGACCAAGCGAGGACUUCCAUCCCGUACCCGGAGAGGCAGAAGCGGGCCCGCUCCAUGAUCAUCCUCCAGGACUCCUCCCACAUCCCCGUGGAGCCCACCGACAUCCCCCGGCCCGGCCCGUCUGCCACGCCACCCGAGAAGCUGAAGCGGAAGGGCCGGGGGGUCGACAACCCCUACGCCAACAUGGGGCCCUUCAACGUCAGCCUCUUUGCCCCCGCCAAGCCCCAGAGGAAGAAGAGCCCCCUGGUGAAGCAGCUGCAGGUGGAAGACGCCCAGGAGCGGGCGGCGCUCUCCGUGGCGGGAGGCUUCGCCCGGGAGCCGUCCCCCACCCGACGCAGCCAUCGCCUGAGCGGCCUGGAGUACCAGUCGCAGGUGGACCCCGCCAGCCUCCCCUUCACCACGGCCAUCGCUGGAGUCAUGAAGGACAGGGAGCGGCGCCUGGAUGAGAAGCGGAAAUCCACUGUCUUCCUCUCCGUCGGGGCCAUCGAAGGGAGCCCCCCCACGAUAGAAAUGCCAUCCCUGCAGCAGUCGCGGUCCAUCGACGAGCGGCUGCUGGGGAGCCGGGACGUGCUCCUGCCUUCUCCCGUCUCAGCUUUAAAGCCAUUAAUUAGUAGUUCCUCCUCCACCUUCAUCCACCCCCUCACGGGGAAGCCCUUGGACCCCAACUCUCCCCUGGCACUUGCGCUGGCCGCAAGGGAGCGGGCCCUUUCCACCCAGGUCCCCUCCAGAGCGCCCACCCCGAUCCACAGCCCGGACUCUGACCGCGCCGCACCCCUCUUUGUGGACAUCCAAACCAAAGAACAAGAGCGGGGGGGGCUGGAGGGCCUCGUUUCACCUGCCUAUUCCCCCGGAGCCAAGGCGCCGACACCGGGCACGCUGACUCCCACGCAAAGCCACUGGGGGAUACCAACAACUGUGAGGAGAGAGGGUGAGGCGCGCGCGGAGACGCCCGUGAGGGAGGAGAAGAAAGCCGAGGACAAGAAAUCCAUGAUCAUCAGCAUCAUGGACACGUCCCAGCAGAAGACGGCCGGCCUCAUCAUGGUGCACGCGACCAGCAACGGCCAAGACCUCGGGCUCGAGAUGAAGGAGGAGAAGCCACCCGUCCCUGAGGCCGGUCCGGAGCCCACCGAGCUGCCCGCCGCCGAGGCCCAGCCCAGCCCUGUGGCGAAGGCCCCCGUCAGCCCAGUCUCGGACAAGACUCUCGGACAAGGUAGUUCGGAGGAAGAAGUGGAGCCGUACACGGUCACACUGCCACCUGCUCAGCUGUCUUCGAGCGACGAGGAGACAAGGGAGGAGCUGGCCAAGAUCGGUCUGGUCCCUCCCCCGGAUGAGUUCGCCAACGGGGUCCUGGUCACCACCCCCGGCACGCCCAUCAGCCAACUGGCCGCUCCAGCAGUUGCCACGCCAUCCAUACCAGCGGCAGCAGUAGCACCUUCUACCACUGGUGGAACACCCUCAGGGAAGCCCUCUGAUGCCCCCACAGCCCCGGAGUCUGCCGCAGACUCAGGAGUGGAAGAGGUGGACACCAGAAGUUCAAGUGACCAUCACCUGGAGACCACAAGCACCAUCUCCACCGUCUCCAGCAUGUCCACGUUGUCCUCGGAGAGUGGGGAGCCCACUGACACAUACACUUCCUUUGCGGACGGACAAACUUUUAUACUCGAGAAGCCACCUGUGCCUCCAAAGCCAAAACUCAAGUCCCAGCUCAGCAAGGGGCCGGUUACUUUCAGGGACCCACUUCUGAAGCAGUCUUCGGACAGCGAGCUAAUCUCCCAGCAACACGCGGCCAUCCUGGCUUCCGCCAGCAUCGGCCGGCCACGCUACCUCUUCCAGCGAAGGUCCAAGCUGUGGGGGGACCCCCUGGACAGCAGGCCAAUCCAUGGGGCUGAGGAUGACAAACCAACUGUGAUUAGCGAGCUGAGCUCUCGGCUGCAGCAGCUGAACAAGGACACGCGCUCCUUGGGGGAGGAGCCUGCGGGGGGUGUGAUAGACCCCGGAAAGAAGUCCCCAGUGGCUGCAGCACGACUUUUCAGUAGUUUAGGAGAACUGAGCACCAUUUCCCAGCGAAGCUCUGGCACCACCUACACCGUGCGUCCCGGCAGCCGCUACCCUGUGACCCGCCGCACCCCCAGCCCGGUGAAGCCGACCCUGGAUCGGACAGACCCGCUCAGCACCGUGCGGCCCUACGGGCUCACCCCGCCCACCAUCCUCAAAUCUUCCAGCCUCUCCAUCCCGCACGAGCCCAAGGAGGUGCGCUUUGUGGUGAGGAGCGUCAGCGCCCGGAGCCGCUCCCCGUCGCCCUCGCCCUCCCCGGGGGGCCCCCUGCACACCCUCCACCCGCCCCGGCCCUUCAUGCAGAAGCCCCUGCACCUGUGGAACAAGUACGACGUCGGGGACUGGCUGGAGAGCAUCAACCUGGUCGAGCACCGGGACAAAUUUGAGGACAACGAGAUCGAGGGCACCCACCUGCCGGCCCUGACCAAGGAGGACUUUGUGGAGCUGGGGGUGACGCGGGUCGGGCACCGCAUGAACAUUGAGCGGGCACUCAAGCAGCUGGUCGACAGCUGA